AUGCGUAUCGAACGUGCCUGCGAGUCUUGCCGCUCCAAGAAGGUCAAAUGCAACGGAGAGAAUCCUUGCCUCCGAUGCUGGCAGCACCGCCUGCCCUGCAAGUAUCGUGAGAAGCCACGCGUUCGAGGGCGGCCGCCAAAGAGACCUACAGCACGGAAAGGCCCCCCGGCACCCGCGGUGGCAGAAGCCACAACCCCAAGCUUCAUCCUCAGCAGCGACAGUGACGGGCGCAGGCUUACAAACGUCAGUCAUGGGGGAGAUCCAGCUCGAUACAGUCCCGAGGAGUAUCGGCAGCAACUAGAACUCCGCGCGGGAAUCGGAGUCACCAACAGCCAGACAGGCUCCUUUCAAUUCUAUGGACCUUCUUCACAUUUCUGCUUUAUCCAGCGCAUCCACCAGCGUAUGAAGCGCCAGUCCCACGGUCGGCUCUUGGACCAGCCCAAGACAGCAGUGCCGACCGGGCUCGGGGAAUGGGGCCUGGAGCGGUUCAUGUUCGCCGCCGGAUCGGGCGGGCUUCGCUCGUCGGGGGGCUCGACUGAAUCAUUUCUAUCGCAGGAGCUGGGUCGCCGGUUCAUCGCCGCUUACUUUGAUGUCAUUCACCCGCAUUUACCCAUUCUCGAACGGUCUAUCAUCGUUCGCCUGUGGGAAAAGCUGUGGGCCCCCCCGGCUCCCGGACGCGAAGUCAGCUCCAGGGAUCUAGUCUACAUGGUUCUCGCUCUGGGAGCUCGGACAAUGGCCCGCGAGAACAGUCACAGUGGGGAGACGCUAGAUCGAUGGGCGGACUACUUCUGGGCGCAGUCGAACGACUAUAGCAUGCUAUUCCAGGAGCCUUGCAUCAAAGGGAUUCAUUUGAUACUUCUUAAGGCUAUGUAUGCAUUGCAUGGGAUGAGGCCCAACGAUGCCUAUCUCUAUCUAGGUCAUGCCGCUCGAAGCGUGUUGGCCCUAGGUCUCAACCGCAGCCAGGUUGUCAACGGACUGGCCCCGGUCAUGCAUAGGCUGCGCAUCACAUUCUGGGUCGUCUACUUUUACGAGCGGGUCUGUGCCUUCUUCACCGGUCGGCCCUCAUGUUUUCUCGACACCCACAUUGACGCUGCGUUUCCCGAGGACGUGCCCCGAACGCUCCUGGAAGGUGGCCAUAUGGGUGACUCGGAGGGUCCCACAACGCAAUGCGCCUAUUUGAGGUCAAUGGCACGGAUCGGGCAGCUUAUCGAAAAGGUGUCCAGCGGGAUCUUCUCACUGGCAAAUCUCCAGGCACUAUACGACCGUCGCAGGGUCGAUGCUACGAUUCUGGAGUGCGACGCUGCCCUUCAACAAAUCGAACACAGCCUGCCUCCGUAUCUGCAAUUCUCCGAUCGCAAUCGACCCACUGGCGAAGCGUGGCAGGAGAUCCAGUGUACCCAUCUGGGGAUGGCCUUUCACCUGAUCAAAAUGAUGAUCCGUAGACCUGCUCUGGUGUACGCGAGCUUCUGCCACAGCCCGGAUGGGACAUCGGGGGCGGGUUCGCCUACGCAGGAGGACCUGCAAGAAUCCAUCGACUUGUCAAUUCAUUCCGCCAAGGAGAUCAUUGCGAUCGCAAGUAGUGCUAUCAUGGAGAGAGCCACGUGCAUUCGCAAUGAUGCAUCCGUGGCCAACUACAUCGUCUCCGCCUGCGUGACUCUCUUGUACAAUGUGUUGGAUUCGUCCGUUACCGUGGAACAUGCGCGGAUGAUCUUCGAGUCCGUGGAACGUGGUAUCCAGUGCCUGGACCAGAUGGAACAUAAUGGACCAAUCACCGGCAAGGCGCUGAGCAUGGACAUCAUGAAAAGUGCCAAGGAUGCCCUGUCGCUCUCGACCCGCGAGGCAAAUCUGGAGGAGAACAUGGCGGACAAUUUCCCCUGGCUGAAGUAA